CCUACCCGGCCCACAGCAUGGCAUCGUCAAGAGCAUCAACGUCGAAGGUCUUGCUGCGCUCCCUCUCGUCCUCGUCUGCAGCUCGCCCCCUCUCUGACAUACACCCGGCAUCCCCCUCGCCCUCGCCCAACUCGCAGCGCACCCAGUACGGCCAACCUCUUCCCUCUUCUCAUCCUCACCUCUUCCCAGCCUACGAUACCGCCCUCCCUUUCCCCUCCCUCUUCCCUCAACGCAGCCUCACCCCUUCACACGACUACCACCACUCCCUACGCGGCGAUGCAGCCUCAUCACAGCUCACCCCAGGCAUCACCCGCGCUGAAUACGAGGCAAGGCGCCGCAACCUCGUCGAUGCCAUCCCAGACGGCUCAGUCGUCCUCGUCAUGGGCGGACGAGUCAAGUAUAUGAGCGGAGCAAUCUUCUAUCGCUUCAGGCAAGCAUCCAAUUUCUUUUACUUGACCGGCUUCAACGAACCGGAUGCUGCCCUUGUGCUUGAGAAGCGGGCCAGCACUCCUCGCGGAUUCAAAAUGACCAUGUUCGUCCCUCCGAGAGAGGCAGGGUACGAAGCUUGGAACGGGCCAAGAACAGGCACGGAUGGCGCAGUAGAUGUCUUUGGAGCAGACGAGGCCAUUGAUAUAGAUGGAGAUGGGCGCUCACUCCUCGAAUACCUCAAGGCCACACUCCCUGGCGCAUCCACCAUCUACUACGAUCCGCCACUCUGCCCAACAAUCCCUCGCAAGACGUCCAAGCUCACAUCGAGCAACGCAACCACAUCGCAAAACCUUCUCAACUACCUCUCCCCACCCUCCCCCUCUGCACUCGACAUAUUCUCAAAGAAGACCGACUUCGAUGCCGUCGUCAAGCUAUUGGCAAAAGCGCACGACUUGGCCCCGCUCUUGGACUCGCAUCGCCUCAUCAAGUCUCCCUCCGAGUUGAGACUAAUGCGUCGCGCAGGGCAGAUAGCAGGUUUGGCGCAUAACAGCACGAUGCGCUUCUCCCAGUCCCCAAGCGCAGGAAGCGAAGCAGCCCUCGAAGCCCACUUCGAGUACACGUCCUCCCUCCUCGGUGCACAAAGACCCGCCUACGUGCCCGUCGUCGCCGCGGGGUCAAGAGGUUGUACCAUCCACUACACGAGCAACGAUCAUCCAGCCCCGCAAGGCAGCCUCGUAACAAUAGACGCCGGCGUUGAGCACGCAGGUUACACGAGCGAUAUAACCCGUGCAUGGCCGACGAGUGGUCAUUUCACCGAACCGCAAAGAGACCUAUACUCUGCCCUCCUCUCGGUCCUCAAACAGUGCACCGCACUAGCUGUCGCCAAUAAUGGUUACUCCCUCGCAUCCUUGCACAGACGAUCCGUAGAGCUACUUCGCGUCGAGCUGCGUCAGUUGGGCUUCGACCUGGCGCUGGGCGAGCUAGAGCGAUGCUUUUACGCGCAUUAUCUCGGCCAUUUCCUCGGACUCGACCUGCAUGACACCCCGACGGUAUCGAGGGGUACGACUCUGAAGGAAGGAAUGGUCAUUACGGUCGAACCGGGCCUUUACAUACCAGAGGACACGACGGGGCUGCGCAGUGUUGUGCCUCGCGCUUUUAGGGGGAUAGGGAUCAGAGUCGAGGACGAUGUGGCUGUUGGGCGCGGGGAGAAUGUGGUGCUCAGCGCAGAGGCGGUGAAAGAGGUAAAGGAUGUAGAGGCGGUGUUGCAGGGGUGGGGGGGAGAGGAGGUGGAGAGAAUGGUCAGUGCUGGGCAGGCCGGAUUGGGAUUCGAUCGUGGUGUGGAGACGAGGCAGAGCGUGUAGCGGCGCCGUGAUUCAGCAGCGACGCCGUGAGGUCAUGUAUAGAUUUGAGCAUAGAGCAUGGAAUAUGGAUCGCACAGUAGCGCACGCGCGAUCGCGCUCGCGCACACACA